UGGGUUUUAAGCUUUAACUCAAGCAAGUAAGUUCUAGGCAUCCAUCACAAAUCAAGGUCGGCCAUUGAUUCUGAGUUCUGAACGAUGUCCGCUAGAGCUUUAAGAAAAGUCCUCAAUCAACAAGAAUCAGCUAACAAUCUUAACAACGAUUUGUCGGACGUUGAUGAAUCCGAAUCUCCCCCUGAUUCACCUCAACCCUUUUCUAAUCCCUUCGAUCUCCUCAACGACCAAGACCAACAAGAACAGGAAAGUGAGCCGAGUGAUGUUGAAACAUCCUCUACAGUGAAAAAAGAAGACGAUGAUGAUAAGAAAAACACUGCUACCAAUGCCGCACCGUCAAAUAAAAAAUCAAAGAAAAAGAAAAAGAAGAAAAACAAAACAAAGGAGUUAUCUUCAAAUACAGACGACGCGGACUCGUUAGAUUCUAUAUUGAACGAUUUAUCUUUUGGAGUUGAUUUAUCCGGUGGUCGACAUCAGCCUUCAAAUGGGAAACCGGAAAAUGUAAAUGGUGCAGGGAAAAGAUGCACGACAAACAUACUGCAAGUGGAUCCAAAAUUUCUUAGUGCAGAUAACGAGUUAAGGAGAAUAUUCGGGUCAAAAGUAGUUAAUUCGUUUGAAAAAAGUAAUCGAGCGGGAAGUUCUAGACAACUGGGUCGUCCGAGGAGACGUGUAAUUCAAAAAUAUAAAAAAACAAUUAUUAUAUCUCCUUCGGAUCAUUGGCCUCGAUGGGAUGGAUCUCUAUCCAUGGAGCUACUUGAAAACAAAAAUGGAUGCAAUUAUUUCAGAUAUGUGCAUUCAUCUACCUACAGCCUGGCUCAACAACAAUUUGAAGCUGCCAAAUCAUCGCACGAUCUUAAUACCAUAGCAAGUAUUCUGCUACGCUAUCCGUAUCAUAUAGAUUCACUCAUAACUCUAGCCGAAUAUUUUAAAUUUUCUGGUGAACUUCAAAUGUCGGCAGAUUCAACCGCAAAAGCUCUAUAUGCAUUAGAAUGUGCAUGGCACCCUUUAUUCACCCCGUUACAGGGUAACUGUCAACUGAAAUACGAACACGACACAAAUAAACCGUUUUUCACUACCCUUUUUGCUCACAUGAAGAACAUGGAUAGACGUGGUUGCCAUCGCUCUGCGCUCGAACUCUGCAAGUUAUUAAUCUCUCUUGAUUCAGAUGAUCCGAUGGGUGCUUUAUUUUGCGUUGAUUAUUUCGCGUUAAGAUCCGAGGAGUAUAAAUGGUUAGAAAGGUUUUCCGAAGAAUAUAAUAGCGAUAAUUCUAUGUGGUUAUAUCCAAACUUUUCGUAUUCUCUUGCGAUUUGUCGGUUUUAUCUUGAACGUGAAGAACGUUUGAAAGAAACAGAAACGAAGGCGACUUCAAGUGAUCUUAUGAAACAGGCUUUAAUGCUUCACCCUUCGGUUGUAAAGAAGUUGGUGGUCAAAGCUCCGUUGAAAGAACAGGUAUGGUCAAAGAUAGUCAACCAUAGGUUUUUCGGAAAAGAUGAAACGGGAAGUGAAUCGUUGGAUCAUUUGAUUAAUAUAUACGUGGAGAAGAGUUAUAUCAUAUGGAGACUCCCCGAGCUGCAUAACUUUUUAAAAGAUACAGCGUUAUCAGUAAUCGAAAAGAUGGAAAUUAAUCAAAGUGAAGCUCGGGAUUGGGCAUGUGUGAGAGAAGAAGCAUUCGCAUCCAAUAAGAACGAGUAUUCACACUUGAUGGUGUCUGAUUUUUCGGAUUCAACACCGACCAUCCCACCAGAAAAUUUGCAAAAUUUUAUGGUGGAUCCAAGGUUGUUAGAAAUGCAUAAUAAUGACGGUAACCAUAACCAAGAAAACGGUGAUGGUGUUGUACGUCUUGAGGUUACAGACCAAAAUGCGUUGGCGGUUUUGUUAGAGGCUAUGAUGCCAUGGGUUGAUUAUGAAACAGGAGAAGGAGACGACAUGCCGCAAGAUAAUGAAGAUUAAACUUCAUGAGAGUUGGAAGUGGAUGGUGUUAUAUUUCCUUUGAUGAGAUGGUUUUCAUUUUUGAGGUGAAUAAUCAGAUUUUUUAUGUCAAUUGGAAGAUGUUGAUGAGGAUUGUUAUUUGUUACUUAACAAUUUGUUGGUGGUUACUUGCAUUUAGAAGAUGGUAUUUAUAAUUUGUUUGAUUGUUAGUUAGUUA